GCGAAGCUCGACCAUGAUGGAUUGAGGAUGGAAAUUGGGGUCGCAAAGCUACAGUUCGACAAAUGUCAGCGUCGCGACCGAAAAGUACAAUGGUUAGAGGUAAUGCGACGAAGGUAUGAGUACUGGGGGAGGGUGGAGGAGGUUGGUCUCGAGCCCAAACCGGAGGAGGUGGAAUAUGCACACGAUGUUGGCGCUUACUGACUUUGUCUUGGUCACAACAGCGGUAUCACGUCUUUGACGGAGUACAAUGGCAACUACAGACAGACGAUUGGUAAUGGGUACGUUUUGCGCGGGUGCGGGCGCGUGGGAAGAGAAGUGGGAAUGGAUGAAGAUUAUCAAGGGCAGACCGACGCUGAGAUAUCAACAACAACCUGACACCAGCAAGCGCUUUCCCGUUUGGAUGACAGUACUGGACUCGAGGCCCGAGGACGGCGUCCAGCCUCCGCUGCCACCCCCUUGGUGGGCGCAGACGUCCAUUUUGAUAUUAGGCAGAUUACUACGGAGUACUGUGUGUGUCGUUUUGGGGGGUUAUUGGGUUACUGGGGGAUACGGGAUCUGCUCGAUUCAUCAGCUCUGCCCUGGGCCACUCGGGCAGGUUGGAUGCGCUGAUUGGAGUGGAGGAAUCCCGGGGGGUGGCAGAGAUGGUGAACUUGGAAACUUGGGAACUUGGAAGGGAGAAGGCGUUUCGGCUAGUUACUCGUACUCUGACCGACUGACAAACCGACUGAAAAUCCCAGAGAAAGAUGGAUGGCUUAUUAUUACAAUUUUACUCCGUGCUUUCGUCAGUUUCGCUCUCAAUUCCCUCAUGCUCCCCCGUACCCCCUUAACCUCACAGACCGACCGACCGACCUGUUGCGAAUGAUGGAAGGAUGCCGUGAGGAAUGCUCUUUUACGACCCGAGCCGUGUUCCCC